AGAGGCAAGGGCGGGAAGGGGCUCGGCAAGGGGGGCGCCAAGCGCCACCGCAAGGUGCUGCGCGACAACAUCCAGGGCAUCACCAAGCCGGCCAUCCGCCGCCUGGCGCGGCGCGGCGGCGUCAAGCGCAUCUCGGGGCUCAUCUACGAGGAGACGCGCGGCGUGCUCAAGGUCUUCCUGGAGAACGUCAUCCGCGACGCCGUCACCUACACGGAGCACGCCAAGCGCAAGACGGUCACGGCCAUGGAC